AUGUCCGCAGGACACUACGAUGCCAUCAUCAUCGGCUCAGGCCAAAGCGGCACCCCUCUGGCUUCAGCUUUUGCCGCCGCAGGUCGCAAGACAGCCAUUAUCGACCGUAGACACAUCGGUGGCACAUGCGUGAAUGAGGGCUGCACCCCGACGAAGACCAUGAUAGCCUCCGGUAGGGCUGCGUACGUAUCUCACCGAGGGGAUGUCUACGGCGUGAGGACCAGUAGGGAUGCUACAGUAGAUUUGGAGAAGGUAAGGCAACGCAAGCGUGACAUUGUCGACAGUUGGAGCAAGGGCGGAGAGACACGGCUUAUUAAAGCUGGAGUCGAUGUUAUCAAGGGAGAGGCACGUUUCAUUGGACCGAAAGAAAUCGAGGUGCGGAUGGUAGAAGGAGGAAAGACAAGGCUGACCGCGGAAACUGUGUUUAUCAAUACCGGCGAGCGACCGGCAAAGCCCAAGAUCCCAGGCCUCGAGAACGUAGCUGCGCAGAGGAUUCUGGACUCAACGAGUGUAAUGGAACUGGGCGAAGUUCCGUCGCAUCUCAUCGUGGUCGGCGGCGGAUAUAUUGGCCUGGAGUUUAGCCAGCUCUUCCGCAGGCUUGGGGCGCAAGUCACCAUUGUGCAGCGGGCAAAGCAGCUCGUACCCAGGGAAGACGAAGAUGUCGCGAAGGCAAUGCUGGAAAUCCUUCAAGAAGAUGGGAUCGCUGUUCAUCUGUCGUCCACCAUCGAAUCGGUAUCUCGAGCGGAUUCAGGGCUUAAUAUCACCAUCACGACUGACUUACGAGGAACGAUAAAAAAGACGGGAAGUCAUCUCCUAUUAGCUGCUGGCCGUGUGCCAAACACAGAUAUGUUGAACCUUUCAACUGCGGGAGUUGAGCUCACGUCCAGCGGACAUAUCAUUGUAGACGACUUGCUGCGGACCAACAUCCCAGGUGUCUACGCGCUCGGAGACGUCCACGGCGGGCCGGCGUUUACCCAUAUCUCCUACGAUGACUUCCGUGUCAUUCGAGCUAACCUCAUCCCGACGUCCGUACCGUCAACGGCUCCAAAGAUAACCAGUACUAAGGCAUCACCGUCCCGCAACUUCGUGCCAUACGUGGUUUACACCGAUCCACAAUUAGGUCAUAUUGGCUUGCAUGCUAAAGAUACCAUCAACCGCAAAACAAGGACGGCCACGAUGCCCAUGAGCUUCGUCGCGCGAGCGAUCGAAAUGGAGGAGACGAGAGGCUUGAUGAAGGCCACCGUUGACGCGGAAACAGGCGAGAUAUUAGGCUUCACAUGCUUGGGAAUCGAGGGUGGGGAGAUUAUGGCGGUAGUUCAAGCAGCCAUGCUAGGUGGAUUGAAAUGGUGGGACCUUGAGGCUACGGUAUGGGCGCAUCCAAGCCUUGCUGAAAGCUUGAAUAAUCUCUGGGGAUAUCUGGAAUAG